AUGUCCCGCUCCCUCACCACGAGGGCCGUCCUCAAAGCCUCGAGGCCCCGUCUGGCUCUUCUAAGGACAUACUCUAUCGCCGCCCCCGACCCCUCAAAACCGCCCGUACCGAAAUUACAGCCACAUCAAUAUGCCGCCUUCGAACAUCUCUCUCAGUCACUGUCUUCAACGCAGCCCUGUUUCGGCGCGAGAGGAGAUGAGGUGGAGCUCCUGAAUGGACCGACAGGUUUCUACAAGCGGCUGAUAGAGAUCAUUGGGAGAGCGAAGAGGAGAAUACUAAUAAGUAGUCUGUAUAUUGGCGCUGAGGAGGGCGAGCUUGUCGAGGCUAUCAAAGCAGCCCUCACAAACAACCCUCAACUACGCGUGGUAUUCAUGCUAGACUAUCACCGGGCCACCCGUUUGUCUACGUCGAAUCCCGACCUCCCUCCGUCUACCGCGCACCUUUUGCUGCCUCUUGUCGAAAAAUUUCCUGAACGGUGCGAAGUAUGGUUAUACCGAAGCCCCAAGCUGAGGGGUUUGAUGGAGAAGAUCGUCCCUGCGAGGUACGAUGAAGGGUGGGGGACGUGGCAUGGAAAGUGGUACGGAGUGGACGACGAAGUGAUUAUCAGCGGAGCCAACUUGGGCCACUCGUACUUUGCGAAUCGACAAGAUCGGUACAUCCAUUUCAGGUCAAAUCCGAGUUUGCUCUCCUAUCUCUCGUCCCUCACUCGACUCUUCACGCAAUACUCCUAUCUCUUGCACCACUCACCACCAGCGCACAUUUCGCCUUCCAAUACCGUCCCUCUGCUAUCACCUGAAGACACCGACUCUUCAUCACCACCUCACAAACCUCGUGCUUCCCUCAUAUGGCCUUCCUCUUCCAUAAACCCCCGCAGAUUCGAACCCCAUGCGUUGGCCACAUUGACAGCCUUCCAAAACUCGUGGCGCGCCUCCAAUUCCUUCCGUUCUCGGCGUGUCGACGUCGAUACCUGGUUCUGGCCUGUUCUCCAAGCAGGCGUGAUCGGUAUCAAGGAAGAAGAACGGGCCAUGGGCAAGGUGUGGAAUGCUGUUGAGGAGAGCUACCAGCUAGGCGGUGGAAAGGUGGAAGGAGAAGAGAGAGAAGGAGAUGGGCAGAGGGUCGAGGUAGAUUUGACGAGUGGAUAUUUCGGGCUGUAUGAAAACUACAAGAAGGCGGUGAUACAAUCGCCUGCACCGGUAAAGAUCAUUGUUGCCUCGCCCAAAGCGAAUGGCUUUUACGGCUCUAAAGGCUUCUCCAGACUGAUCCCGGAGGGAUAUACAUUAUUAGAAAGUAGAUUUCACAGAGACGCGGUCAAGGCUGGUAGAGCCUGGGAUGACGAGUCUCAGGAAGGUGUGCGACUGAAGGAAUGGGAGCGAGAAGGGUGGACAUAUCAUUCGAAAGGUCUAUGGGUAUCACCACCCGGCUCUAAACCAUUCUUGACCUUUAUCGGCUCGUCCAACCUGUCCACCCGUUCUCUCACGCUCGAUACCGAGCUCUCACUCCUCAUGAUGACCUCGUCGCCCACGUUGCGGCGUGCUUUGGAGAGCGAAGUCCAGGGGCUCGACGAAUGGGCCGGUGAUGUUGGAGAGGAGACAUGGAAACUUGAGGAGAGGAAAGUGAGCUGGCUGGCGUGGGCUCUGGUAGCAUUGGGAGUCGAGGGGAUGCUAUAG